AUGGCGUCUCUCCUCAAAAAGUCGCUAAAGCUCGCGCUCAUCCAACUCGCCUCAGGCGCCGAUAAGACCGCAAACCUCACUUCAGCGCGCCAAAAGGUGCUCGAUGCCUCGAAAGCCGGCGCAAAGCUCGUAGUCCUGCCCGAAUGCUUCAAUUCGCCCUACGGAACAAAGUACUUCGACAAGUACGCCGAGACACUCCUCCCAUCCCCGCCAUCGGAAUCGCAAUCGCAGACGUUCCACGCACUGAGCAAAUUGGCGAAAGAGGCGGGCGUAUAUCUGGUUGGAGGAAGCAUACCGGAGAGAGACGAUAAGGAUACGAAGAAGCUGUACAACACAAGUUUGACAUUUGCGCCCAGUGGAGAGCUACUUGCCACUCAUCGCAAGGUGCACUUGUUCGACAUCGACAUCCCAGGGAAGAUCAAGUUCAAGGAGAGCGAGGUGCUGUCGCCAGGCAAUAAGAUCACACUAGUCGACCUCCCAGAAUACGGAAAGAUUGCGAUAGCCAUCUGCUACGACAUAAGGUUCCCGGAGCUUGCUAUGAUCGCGGCGAGGAAGGGCGCGUUCCUGCUAUUAUACCCUGGCGCAUUCAAUCUCACGACCGGCGCGUUACAUUGGGAGUUGUUGGCGAGGGCUAGGGCGACGGACAACCAGGUCUACGUUGGACUGUGUAGUCCAGCAAGAGAUAUGGAGGCUGAAUACAACGCGUGGGGACACAGCAUGGUCGUUGACCCCAAUGCGGUAGUGCUAGAGCAGCUAGACGAGAAGGAGGGUGUACUCAUCCGCGAACUGGAGGCGGGUAAGAUCGAAGAGACCAGGAAGGGAGUGCCACUGUAUGGACAGAGGCGAUUCGACGUAUACCCCGACGUCAGCGAAGGUGGUCGGUUCAAGGAAUAG